AUGGCAUUCUUCGACACCUCGGCAAGACGCACCCUCUCGUUUGAAGAGUACAGCCAAGGAUUGAUGGACGUCCUUGCCAAGAACGGGGCGCCAAAGGUGCUGUUAGAUGCAAUGACAAAGGUGGAGGAAGCCAUCCUUCGCGACCGAGUGUACACAGCACCCGAGGCCUUGUGCGACAGUGUAGACAAGACCCGGCUGUUUGAAGCGUUUUGUGAUCUUGACCUCCUGUCUACGAGCGGGGCCCCAGCAUCUCCAAGGAAGCCGUGGCAGAAGGUUAUCGACUACGGCGGGUUUGUUGAGCUGUCUGGGAGCGCUCAGGUUCAGGUUCGUCAUGCCAGAGUGGGGCGUCCCGAGAAAGGGACCUGGAGGCUGGCGGGGAUGCACUCGGGAGAUGGGAGUCUUGGGUGGGCGCACACGGCGCACAGGUGGCUGGCGCUGACGCACUGGAGGGACUGGGGUCACGGGUGGACGCUUACGCCCCGGGGUUCCCCUUGGGGGCUGGCGUGGAUGCACGGGGGCAGUGGGAGGCACGGGCGGCCCGGCUGCGUGUUCCCCAAGAGCAUGCCUGUCAUCAACGAACAGGCGUGCUGGUUGGACUUUUCCGAGCAGGGCAGCCCGGCAAUCUUCAGCAUUUGCCUAGACCCCGGGAACGUGUCUGCCAAGUCGUUUGUCUACCUUUUGAAUGUCGCACUCGCAUCUGGCCUCUGGAAGAACACGUACCUCGCAGCAAUAGACUCGGUGAGCAACAAGAUCUCGAUCACGGCAAACGGCAGGAACGCGGUGCCUUUCAAGCUCCUGUUUGGGAGUGGUCCGAAUGCAGAGAACAGUCUAGCACCACUCUUGGGCUUCACCGUGGCUGAUACCAGCUUCGGCCUCGUGCAAACGGCCGGUGGGCAUGUGAACCUGGCCUCAUCUCUGUUUGUUGACUUUGUGAUGGAGAAUCUCCCAAGCAUAGCUGCAAAGCGCGUGGUUUCGAGGCAGAACGGGGCUAUGCAGCCAGUGACGCUCAGCGCUCCGUUGGUACCAACAAUCAGAGCAAAAGAGCCACUGCCAGAAAAGGAUUCGGGAGUGGGAAAGAAGGUGGUUGCGGCGGCUGCUCUCGUGGGUCUCGGUUCAGCCGCAUAUUAUCUGUUCAAGGACCCACAAGAGAGCUAG